CCUCUCGAUAUCCUCUUCCGGUACAGCCAUCGUCCUUUGAUCAAUCUUGCUUUGCUGGCUGUUCUGUAUUCAGCUCUUCGUCUGUUGGGUUUCUGGACUCUCCCAACCAUGAAGCUCCUCGCCACGGCCCCGUUCCUCCUCCUCAACGCCCUCCCUAUCUCGGCUCGAGCCUUGAACUUCUUCGACACGCAAUCUCCCAUUCGGGUGGAAAGUCUUCCUGUCAACGGAGAAAACCCACUGGAGUAUUGCGCGGACCCAUCAGCCCACCUUCUGCAGAUCGAGAAGGUGGAUCUCCACCCCAAUCCACCUCUGCCUGGCCAAACCCUUUCCAUCAAGGCAAAUGGCACCUUGCUUGAUACUGUCGAGGAGGGCGCUAUUGUGCUUUUGGAGGUCAAAUAUGGAUUGAUCACUUUGCUCAAGCAACAAGUCGAUCUCUGCGAGCAGGUCAAGAAUGUCGACAUUGAGUGCCCCUUGGAGAAGGGCGAUUUGACCCUGUCGAAGGAUGUUGAUUUGCCCAAGGAGAUCCCACCGGGCAAAUAUUCCGUCCUUGCUGACGUCUACACCAACGACCAAAGACAGAUUACCUGUCUCCGGGCUACUAACAUCGAGUUCCGGCGGUUCUAAUUGGGUUCUCUUUUUCUAGGAGAUCCGCAUGAACCUAUUCUCCGACGAAUCAGUUUACCAUCACCUAUUGCACUCCAUAUAACUCAUGCAUUUUUACAAGUGACCGAUCGAGUUGCAGCGUGUUAAUAUUAUCCCUUUUUCAAUCUGCCUCCACGUUGUUAUCUUGCCUGACGAAGUCAUUGAUAUCUCAUUGCUACGAACCGUUGUGUUUUCUCUUUUGGAGUAUUUUCCCAUCGAUAGCUUUCAUGUUCUCAUGUCUUGCUUUAACGGCGUCAGGACUCUGCGACAUUCCCCGUCUGCUGAUCUGAAUUUGGCCUUUGCAUGUCCAUGUCCAUGUCCACUUCUAUUCUUAACACGGAGCCUAAUAAUUCCUAAGACCCUUGUGUGGCCUAAGGGAUGAUAAUAUGGGUUAACUUUACCUUUUUUUCCGUUCUGCUUUUUCCGUUCGCCUUGCUCAUUUUCAAAGCAUUGUUGUUAUUGAUAGAAGUAUAGCACCAGCCAAAGUUGCCUUAUCAUUAUGCCCAUCACUAGCCCUUUUCAAUGGUUUUCAAUGGAUACUCUUCCCU